ACUCCGCCCACUAUCACCCCGCCCACCCCAAAUUUUGCACAACAAAAACUCGUGCAAUCGCAAAGUAGAUUUGAAAGAUCACUUUUACGAAAUUAACCAGCGUGGACCGAGAUAAUGAGUUUUGCUUUAAGGUGCAUUCUUAAGGAGGCGCGAUAUGUGCAGAUUUUCUCAGUUCAGCAACAGCGAUACUUAAAAAGAUGGUUGGCACCGACCCUGAAAGCGAUGUACAAAAGGAAGGAGAGGCACGAAUAUUUGUAUGGACCUAUUCCAAUCCCCAAAAGAUCUGCCUUUUUAGAAUGGAAUUUCGGCUCUGAAGUUUUCGCAUUUGGAAAAAGGCUGGGAGAGCAAUUUGACGACAACCUCCUUCGUCAGGCAUUUACUCAAGCGGAUUAUCUGCACAAAAUUUCUGAGGAGCAGAAAAACCUGGGGCUGGAGAAUCCUGAUUCAGUGUUGGUUAGCAGCAACGAAGAAUUGGCUCGAGAAGGGCGAGAGCUCAUUAGUCAAUACGUCUUUGGCUUUCUGAGACAUACCCUGAAAAAAUUGCCUGAAGAGGGAGUGAGGAGUAUUCACGACAAGUUGUUGGGAGACGAAAUGUUGGCGCACAUUUCUAAAAACCUAGGAACUAAAGAUAUAAUCCUCACUGCAGAACAUGAGCCUAGUGAAGGCACCUACUCAAAAGUGUUUUGUGCAAUCGUGGCCGCUCUCUCUCGGAGCUCCACUGCAGACAGGACUGGUGGAUUUAUCAGAGACUUUGUUUUGGCUCAACUCGCGGAAAACAGCUUAGCAGAAUUUUACAUCCCCGAGAAGCCAUGGGCAACCUUAGAAGCUCUGUGUCCUGGCGUGGAGGCGAGACUUGCCAAUGCAGAAGGACACGGGACAAUAAUGGCUGCAUAUCGAGUCGCAGUUUUUAAUAAGGACAAGCUGUUUUUGGGCGAAGGAUUUGGAGAGACAGUUAAGGUGGCCAAAAAUUUGGCUUCAGUUGAUGCUCUUAACAAAAUGUUUGAAAUUCAUGACGCUCGAAGCCCGCUGCCGCUUGGACCAAAUGAAUGUCCCAAAAUUGAGGAGAUUGGUUUGAAAAUGAACAAUCCAAACCCUGCCAUCAAUGAGUUGACCCCAAAUAUUGUUAGAUUGGGUUAGAAUUAUUGAUAGUAAGCUGUAGAUUAAAUAAAAUUGAUGUUUAUUAUAAUAC